GGUUGUUCUCUUUCAACAGGAUGCCAGACUUAAGGGCGGAGCCUUCCUUGAUGUGGCCACCGCCGUGCUUGAGCUUGUGGAUGAGGUCCGCCAUGUUUGCUGUAGGGCGAGCACACCAUCCGAGUCAGAAAAUGACCAUGCAGUGCUUCAGCUGCACAGUGGCAAAAGCCACAACAGAGACAGGGCAACCAUGUCGCAUCCAAUUGUCUCCGACGAGAGCCAUGCGCAGCGAAGCAUCGGAUCCAGGCUCCGGCUCCACAUACACGAACUCCCAUCCGCUUACACUUCGAUCGAGCAUGGCGGGUAAGCCUCACCUUGUGAUGUUGUUACUGAUGCUUGGAAUUUGGUGUGAGGGUAGAAGAGGCGAUGAAAGAGUAUGUACAUGGGACCCGCUCAAUAUAUAUACAUGUGGGUAUGGACGUCCUCUACGCGCUCCGAUUCAAUGCAAGAAGACGUCAAGCACGCCCUUCUUUUUCUUGCUUCGGCCGGCGCAUCGAGAGCCUAAAAGAGGAGCGUGGGUCCGUAGGUACUCCGUUCUUGAUAAUCCAAACCAGCAUUCGACUUCCGGGAAAGCAGCACUGCAUCACAUUGCCCUCUGGCGCUGCAGCUGGUACAGCACUCCAUCGUCGGCGAACAAAGCUGAGCAGAGGCCUGUCGUCAUGAUCAAGAUUCAAUUCCAGAACCCAGAAUCCAGGUUUUAGUGGCUUGCCUCUCGCCAGCAUCCGAGAAUCAGAUGCUCCCUUCCAAUUUUGGAGGUGGCCUGUGCGCGCCCCACAAACGAAACGGAGAAACGAUGCACACUACUCGAGUCUGCUUCGCCUCGAUCACUCGCACAGGCCGAUGUUGUUUCGACGGCGGAGCGCUGCCACGAACUCGGACUGCCGCCUUUGACUGCUGCAAGCCUGGGAGAGCUAUGUGCAGCCAAAGCUCAAAACCAACUGCCAGCC